AUGGAUGGCAGCGCAGCGGCGCCGACGAGGAGCACAGGUAUAUCGCAUGGAACGCCACGAUCGGAUAUGAUUGCGAGUGCGGUAUCAUUUCUUGAAGAUCCGAAUGUGCAAAGCUCGCCCAUGUCGCAGAGGAUCAGUUUCUUGGAGUCAAAAGGACUUUCAUCCCAGGAAAUUGACAUAGCACUUGGGCAAGUGGGUCGUGCAGCUAUGGGGCCUAUGGGACAGCGUCACAAUGCAGGGGCAGCACACGCCAUGGCUCCCACGUACCCGAUGAUGCCCGCAUACCCACCCGUGCGUUCACGAAGAGAUUGGCGCGACUGGUUUAUCAUGGGCGUCGUGUCCGGCACCGUGGGCUAUGGCGUUAUUGCUCUAGCACGAAGGUAUAUCUAUCCACACUUGCAGCCGCCAAACCAGAGCGUUCUGGAGGAGGAGCGGGAGGCACUUGCGUCCAAAUACGACGAAGUGGCCGUGCAUCUUGAAGAGCUAGACCAGACGACAGAGGCUAUGAGCCAGGGCCUCGCUACACAGCAGUCGGCCAUUGAAGAGAGUGUGCGGGAAGUGAAUGAGUUUGUCGCAGAAUCGCGCGCGCGAGAAGAGCAGCGCGACAAAGAUCUAGAUCAAAUGAAGACGGACAUUGAGUCGAUGCGCGAAGAACUUGCGGGUAUGCUGGAUCGUUCACGCAAGUCAUCCAUAACUGCGCUCACAGAUCUGCAAGGCGAGCUCAAGUCGCUGCGAUCUCUGCUUGUGUCGCGAGGUGGGCUUUCGACCCCAGGCGCGCCAUCCACAGGUGUCUCGGCACAGACGCCAUCCGCCACGAGUGGUCCGAGCGCUGCCGCUGGCACAGCGACGAAUGGCGGCAGUGAGACGUCGACGAGCCCGAGUGAGAACCAAGCAACAUCUGCACGGCCAGCGCCAAGAAUUCCUGCAUGGCAGCUUGCUGAACCACAAGACGAAGAUGCUUCUUCCACGGCCUCUUAG